CGAACAACCACCAAAAGACACAACCGACUGACAACGGUUCGCCACAACCGCGUCAGCAUUGUUAGUGAGGGGACGUGCAGGCACGCCUCUGUUCAUUUUUUUUUUAUUAUCCGGGUUUUCUAAAAUUUUUGCAUAAUCAGUUAGUGGUAUCAUGGACAAUCGUCGUGAUCGUCCGGCUGGACGAAGUCGAGGAAGGGCUAGUAACAGCGCACCUCAGCAGCAGCCUCAAGGAGUAUGGGGACGCCGUCCCGGACCAUCGCAGGCUCAUGACUCUGCUCAGCAGUACGGACCUCCACCGACGAAAUAUUUUCGCCCACAGAGUUUAGGCCGGUCUGUUCGUGCACCAGUACCAACUGCCGCCCCUGCUGGAGACCAGCGUCCACCAGGAGUUGAUCGUCCGGCUCCUCCACCCUCAAGCGUUGCACCAGUCGGGGGUGGUGGCGAUGCAUCAGCAUCAGCUGCUGGACGUGGAGCCAUGCGAGGGCGCAGAAUGGUUAACCCAGAUAUUUUGAAUUCUCGACCUGUUCAUGUUAAAGCAUCUAAGAAAGGAACGGGCGGUAAUCCAAUAAAGCUUCAGGCCAACUUCUUUAAGAUUUUGAGCGCUCCCGAUUGGUGUUUGAAACAGUACCGGGUUGACUUUGCUCCUGAAGAAGACAGGCUAAUGGUCCGUAAAGGACUAAUUCGCAUUCAUAAAGAUGCACUGGGCAUUUACAUCUUUGAUGGUACUCUGUUGUACUCAGUGAGUCGCUAUCAAUGUUCUAAAACAGAGGCGUGGGAAUUAUUUUCUCAAAGACAAUCAGACAACGCUCAAAUUAGAAUCAGCAUCCGUCUCGUUGGAGAAAUGACCAAAGGAGAUCCAGCCUAUCCUCAAUUUUAUAACAUUAUUGCUCGUAAAGGAUUAGAACAUCUCAAGCUUAAAUUAGUCAAUCGUGACUAUUAUGAUCCUAAAGCCAGUGUUAACAUUCAUGAAUUUGGACUUCAAUUAUGGCCCGGUUAUCAAACAUCAAUUCGUCAACAUGAACGCGAUGUCCUCAUGAGUUGUGAAAUUACUCACAAAGUGAUGCGCCAAGAGACCAUAUACCAUGUUCUGCAAAAAGUUCGCAACCAGUGUCGUGGUGGUGAUGUACAUGGAGCCUGCAAAGCUGCCGUAUUAAAUUCACGAGUAAUGACUGAUUACAACAACAACACUUACCGUAUUGAUGACAUUGAUUUCUCCAGAACGCCUCAGUCUACAUUUCCGUUAGGAAAGGAUCAAGUUCCGACAACUUACUUGCAAUAUUAUCAAUCCAAGUACGGAAUUUCCAUCAGAGAUCCUAAACAACCGCUUCUUGCCUCUCGUUCAGAUCAGAGAGAUCGUCGUGCUGGACAAGAUGAAAUAAUUUAUCUAAUUCCUGAAUUGUGUCGCACUACAGGAUUGACCGAUGAGAUGAGAAACGACUAUAAGUUGAUGGCUGCAUUAGCUAAGCACACUCGUGUUAACCCUGACAGGCGUAUCGACAAGUUGUUGAUGUUCAACAGAAGAUUGCAGGAGACACCGGCAGUAGUUCAAGAGUUUAAACAGUGGAAUUUAAGAUUAGAUACCAACUUGGUCGAAAUUCCAGCUCGUGUAAUCCCACCAGAAAACAUCAUUUUUGGAGCUUCGAGGGAGUCAGCCACUCAGUCUGCUGAUUGGACUAAACACUUCCGAUCCUCACGAUUGAUUGUUUGCACCAAAUUAUCUGAUUGGGUUCUCAUUGUUCCAAACAGUGUACGACGUGGAGAAGCUCAGAAUUUCGUAAGUAACAUCAUCAAAGCCGGCCAAGGAAUGUCAUUCUUUGUCAGUCAACCUCGCGUCAUUGAUAUUCGUCGAGACUACGCUUCUGAUUACGCUGAUGAACUGGAAAACAUCUUAAGCCGAUCUACUCCUCAACUUGUCUGUUGUGUUUCACCAAGACCACGUGCUGAUGUCUAUGCCUCUAUUAAAAAGAAGUGUUGUGUAGAUCGCCCAGUUCCGAGCCAGGUCAUUCUUGCUAAAAAUUUAGCAUCCAAAGGGGCCAUGUCAAUUGCUACCAAAGUAGCAAUUCAGAUGAAUUGCAAGAUCGGUGGUGCUCCUUGGACUAUGGAAUUUGGAAUGGCUGGAUUAAUGGUUGUCGGAUUUGAUGUUUGUCACGAUCCUAACCAACGUGGAACAGAUUAUGGUGCUAUGGUUGCAACUCUUGAUCGUGGAAUGACCCGCUACUUUUCUGCAGUCACCGCUCAUCGCAGUAAUGAAGAACUGUCAAAUGAGUUUAGUUUGAACAUGGUCAAAGCAAUCCGCAAGUAUUCUGAAAUGAACGGCGGUAGUUUACCUGCACGUAUUAUCAUCUACCGUGAUGGUGUCGGUGACGGUCAAAUUCCCCACGUGCUGAACCACGAAGUCAAUCAUUUGAACGAAGCUCUUGCUAAGCUGUACGGUCGUCCUGAAGCAGUGAAGAUGACGUUCGUCAUCGUCACUAAGCGUAUUAACACCCGUUUGUUCUACAACCGUCGUGAUAAUCCGCCACCUGGUACUGUAGUCGACGACGUCAUCACCAAUCCAUGGAGGUACGAUUUCUUCAUUGUAUCUCAGUGUGUCAGACAAGGAUCUGUCUCACCGACAGCCUACAACGUGAUUCAAGACAACGCUGGCCUCGAUGUCUCAGCCCUUCAACGCUUGACUUUCCAGUUGACGCACAUGUACUUCAACUGGAGCGGAACUGUUAGAGUUCCCGCGCCUUGCCAAUACGCUCACAAAUUGGCAUUUUUAGUUUCACAAAGUAUUCACCGAUCACCAAGCGCUCACUUGGAAUCUCUUUUAUACUUCCUUUAAGAAAAUACGAAGGAAAAAGUUAUUUUUUUUUUUUUUUUAUUUUUUAAGGAAUGAAAAUUUAUUUGCUUUUUUA